GAGAAUGAAGAGACCAACCGCCCGGGAGAAGCAUGAGGUGGCCGUGUGGCACUCGGUUUAGAGGGCUUCGGCUGGCGGCGGCCCCAUGGGCAGCUCUGCUGGCACUGGGCCUCCCUGGUUGGGUGUUGGCUGUCUCGGCCUCGGCCGCCGCAGUGGUCCCCGAGCAGCAUGCCUCCUCCGCCGGGCAGCCACCCCUGGACUGGCUGCUCACAGACCGGGGCCCCUUCCACCGCGCUCAGGAGUAUGCUGACUUCAUGGAGCGGUACCGCCAGGGUUUCACCACCAGGUACAGGAUCUACAGGGAGUUUGCCCGGUGGAAAGUGAACAACUUGGUUCUGGAAAGGAAGGACUUCUUCAGUUUGCCAUUGCCUCUUGCCCCAGAGUUUAUCCGGAACAUCCGCCUCCUCGGAAGGAGACCCAACCUGCAACAGGUUACUGAAAACCUGAUCAAAAAGUACGGCACUCAUUUCUUACUUUCUGCCACCCUUGGAGGAGAAGAGUCCCUGACCAUUUUUGUGGACAAGCGGAAACUGAGCCGAAAGACAGAAACAGCAGGAGGUGCCCCUGUAGUUGGGGGCAGUGGGAACAGCUCUGCUGUGUCCCUGGAGAUCCUGCACCAGCUGGCAGCCUCCUACUUCAUCGACAGAGAGAGCACACUGCGACGGCUGCACCAUAUCCAGAUAGCCACAGGGGCCAUCAAGGUCUCGGAGACCAGGACCGGCCCUCUGGGCUGCAGCAACUACGACAAUCUGGACUCCGUCAGCUCUGUCCUGGUGCAGAGUCCGGAGAACAAAGUGCAGUUACUUGGCCUGCAGGUGCUGCUGCCCGAGUACCUACGUGAGCGCUUUGUGGCCGCGGCGCUCAGCUACAUCACCUGCAGCUCUGAGGGCGAGCUCGUCUGCAAAGGGAAUGACUGUUGGUGCAAGUGCAGCCCCACCUUCCCAGAAUGCAACUGUCCUGACACCGACAUCCAGGCCAUGGAGGACAGCCUGCUGCAGAUCCAGGACUCCUGGGCCACUCACAACCGGCAGUUUGAGGAGUCAGAGGAAUUCCAAGCUCUGCUGAAAAGGCUGCCGGACGACAGGUUCCUAAACUCCACUGCCAUCUCCCAGUUCUGGGCCAUGGACACCAGCCUCCAGCACCGCUACCAGCAGCUGGGAGCCAGCUUGAAAGUGCUCUUCAAGAAGACCCAUCGGAUCGUCCGCCGGCUCUUCAACCUCUGCAAGCGCUGCCAUCGGCAGCCUCGCUUCCGCCUGCCCAAGGAGAGGUCCUUGUCCUAUUGGUGGAACCGAAUCCAGUCUCUCCUCUACUGUGGAGAAAGCACGUUCCCUGGCACCUUCCUGGAACAGAGCCACAGCUGCACCUGCCCCUAUGACCAAUCUUCCUGCCAGGGCCCAAUCCCAUGUGCCUUGGGUGAAGGGCCUGCCUGUGCCCACUGUGCUCCAGACAACAGCACACGCUGUGGGAGCUGCAACCCAGGCUACGUGCUGGCCCAGGGGUUGUGCCGACCAGAGGUGGCCGAGUCCCUGGAGAACUUUCUGGGGCUGGAGACAGACCUGCAGGACCUGGAGCUGAAGUACCUGCUGCAGAAGCGGGAUAGCCGCAUCGAGGUGCACUCCAUCUUUAUCAGCAACGACAUGCGUCUGGGCAGCUGGUUUGACCCUUCCUGGAGGAAGCGCAUGCUGCUCACCCUGAAGAGCAACAAGUACAAGCCUGGGCUGGUGCACGUGAUGCUGGCCUUGUCCCUGCAGAUCUGCCUCACCAAGAACAGUACCCUGGAGCCUGUCAUGGCCAUCUAUGUCAACCCCUUUGGGGGCAGCCACUCUGAGAGCUGGUUCAUGCCCGUAAAUGAGGGCAACUUCCCUGACUGGGAAAGGACUAACGUGGAUGCAGCUGCCCAGUGCCAAAACUGGACUAUCACCUUGGGAAACAGGUGGAAGACCUUCUUUGAGACAGUCCAUGUUUACCUACGGAGCCGAAUCAAGUCCCUGGAUGACAGCUCCAAUGAGACAAUCUACUACGAGCCCCUGGAGAUGACCGAUCCCUCCAAGAACUUGGGCUACAUGAAAAUCAACACCUUGCAGGUCUUUGGCUACAGUCUGCCCUUUGACCCAGAUGCUAUCCGGGACUUAAUUCUCCAGUUAGACUACCCAUAUACUCAAGGUUCCCAGGACUCUGCCCUCUUGCAGCUCAUAGAGCUUAGGGACCGGGUAAACCAGCUUUCUCCACCCGGCAAAGUCCGGCUCGACCUUUUCUCCUGCUUGCUCCGGCAUCGGCUCAAGCUGGCCAACAACGAGGUGGGCAGGAUCCAGUCCUCCCUGAGGGCUUUCAAUUCCAAGCUGCCAAACCCCGUGGAGUAUGAGACAGGCAAACUCUGUAGCUAAUGGGGGGCCCAUGCCAGUACUGGGCAGGGCGGGGAUCCAUGAAUCGGGGCCACAAAGAUCCUCCAAGCCCUCACCUUAGUGCCAACACGGUGCUCCACUGAGACUGAAGGCACCCAGCAGACAGGACCUUGGGGCUUGGACUGAAGCAGGCAGGAGAGAAAGAGACAGCCACUGCACACAUGCGUGCACUCACACACACACUCACAUGGGAAGGCUACAACUCAGCAUCUCGAAUCUGUGAAGUCAGUGCUUUCUAAAAUGAAUGCAGUUGAAGGAGAGGAGCCAAGGGAGAGAUUAAGAAAAAGAACCAGCCAAACCAUGAAACAAACGAAUCCUUAAAGGUGAUUCUUAUCAUUCAAGAAAGCCAGAGGGGACAGUAACAACAGGAGAGGGAGGAGCUCAUCCUCCCCCUCUGUGGAGUCGCUUUUGUAUUCUUUUUAACCAGAUUUCUCAAAAUGGCGUUGUUUCGUGAUUCCCCACAUUGGUUCUUACUUUUUGUACGCGGCCUCCUCUGCACUGUCCUGAACAGUGACUGCUCCUGAAGCCGCCUCCGUUGGAUAACUCAAAAGUGACACCAAUAGAAGACCAAGACCGCUGAGAGCGGGCAGGCAGCCUGGCGCCCCUCCUCAUUCCUCCCUCCCUCUGGUCCCCUUGCCUCCUCUGCCACCCUGGUUCAGAGGCCCUGGCUUCCUCUUUGUUCCCCUCCUGGUCCAGCCAGAGCUCCUCUUCCAACAGCACUAUUCUGUUGGAGAAAGCAGCUCUGUCAAGUUAGAGGGAGACAAUG